UUGUUUCCGUUUCCGAUAACACAGCUGCCACAAACCAAGCUAGAGGUGGAUAAUGUUCUACCGCGGAUAGGCUAAAGCCGGUCGCACGCCCGAUCAACGGUCAUAAAAUUUGUUGUGAUGUGGCAUUUGAAAAAUAAAUAAAGAAACCACGACAUUUAAAAAAUUCAAUUUAAUAAUUAAAGCAAGAACAAAAGAAAAUCAAAAUCAAAUUCAAACUCACCUGACCAGAGAAUAAUAGGCGACGAUGGCGAUGAGAAAAGAUAUAGACGACUUACCUAAAAACGCGGCGAAUUAUACAGCGUUGACGCCAUUGUUGUUCCUUGAAAGAGCCGCUACGGUUCAUCCGAACCGAGUAUCAGUUGUUCAUGGAGCUUUGCGGUUCACUUGGCUGCAAACCUAUCAACGGUGCCGCCGGUUGGCUUCUGCUUUGAAUAAUCACUCCAUUGGCCUUGGUUGCACGGUAGCGAUAAUUGCCCCGAAUAUCCCUGCUAUGUAUGAAGCGCAUUUUGGAGUUCCAAUGGCCGGAGCUGUGGUAAAUUGCGUCAACAUACGUCUAAAUGCAUCAACUGUCGCCUUCCUUUUAAGCCAUUCCAAAUCUGAAGUUGUGAUGGUGGACCAAGAAUUUAUUCCUCUGGCCGAGGACGCUUUGAAACUCUUGGCUGAAAGUGAAAGCUCUUUUAAACCUCCACUUUUAAUUGUCAUAUCGGAUAAAGGCUGUGAUCCUAAGUUUCUAAAUUCUGCUGUGGAAAGAGGAGCCAUUGAAUACGAAAAAUUCCUGGAGAGUGGUGACCCGGAAUAUGCCUGGAAUCCACCGGAGGAUGAGUGGCAGAGUAUUGCUUUAGGUUAUACUUCUGGCACAACAGCUAGUCCUAAAGGGGUGGUGCUGAGUCACCGAGGAGCCUAUCUAAUGGCUUUGAGUAAUCCUCUCAUCUGGGGGAUGAAUGAAGGGGCUGUUUACUUAUGGACACUACCGAUGUUUCAUUGCAAUGGUUGGUGUUUCACUUGGUCCGUUGCAGCUCUUUGUGGGACAAACAUAUGCCUUCGACAGGUAACGGCUAAGGCUGUCUAUUCAGCCAUAGCAAACGAUGGUAUCACUCACUUCUGUGGUGCACCAGUGGUACUCAACACCAUAGUGAAUGCUCCAAAGGAGGACGCCAUCCUUCCCCUACCCCGUCUUGUACAUGUAAUGACUGCUGGUGCCGCCCCGCCUCCUUCAGUUCUCUUUGCAAUGUCAGAAAAAGGUUUCCGUGUAACGCAUACUUACGGUCUCUCAGAAACUUACGGUCCAUCCACAGUGUGUGCUUGGAAGCCUGAAUGGGAAUCAGAGCCCCCCAUAAUGCAAGCCCGUCUAAAUGCACGUCAAGGCGUCCGAUACACUGGCUUGGAAGGCCUAGAUGUUGUCGACCCGAAAACUAUGAAACCUGUUCCUGCAGAUGGAAAGACAAUCGGAGAGAUAGUGAUGAGGGGCAAUUUAGUCAUGAAAGGCUACUUAAAAAACCCAGAAACCAAUGCAGAAGCUUUUGCAAAUGGGUGGUUUCAUUCUGGGGAUCUUGCUGUUAAGUAUCCUGACAACUAUAUAGAGAUUAAGGACAGAUCAAAGGAUAUUAUCAUUUCUGGAGGAGAAAAUAUAAGCAGCGUUGAGGUUGAAAAUGUAUUAUACACGCACCCAGCGGUAUACGAGGCAUCAGUAGUGGCAAGACCAGAUGAGCACUGGGGUGAGUCACCUUGUGCUUUUGUGACACUGAAGCCGGAAAUUGACAAAUCGGAUGAAAGGCGUUUAGCAGAAGAACUAAUAAAGUUUGCCCGGUCCAAGAUGGCUGCUUAUUGGGUUCCGAAAUCUGUCGUGUUUGGACCGUUGCCGAAGACAGCUACUGGAAAGAUUCAGAAGCAUGUGCUGCGGGCUAAGGCAAAAGAGAUGGGACCUGUUAAGAAGAGUAAAUUAUAAUCUUGCAUUCUGCAAGUUGCAUAGGUUUUCUUAUAUGCUUUUGGCCCUGAACUAGGCAGGGCCAUAGAAGCUUGUAAUUUAAGAAAUAAAGCUUUUUCAUUGUUGCCACUUGCCACUAACAUUAUGUGAUCGACUCACUCUGUAAUAAUUUGCCUCUGUAAGGACGAUCGUAUCUGUUAUUUGGAAUUUAAAUGCUUGAUAAUGCAUCUUCAUAUGUAAA